GAUCAAUCUUUAUUGCUCCAGCUACUGAUGCUAGCUGGCUAGUUUAGCUCGUGCUGCUGGCUCAGGGACAAGCUUAAGGAAGCCACUGCAAGAGGAGAGCUAUUCACCCUACACUGAUUUAUUCCCUGUUUUUGUGGGACUGACACUCUGAGACGAUGCAGCUGAAUCUUCCUGUCCUGACUCUUUGCCUUCUGGGCACAGCAGUCCUGUGUGUAGCACAGUCAGUCACACCAAAAACUGCCAAACCCACACCUGGCCCAGGCACCACUACCACAGCUGGAACUGGAACAACCACAGCUGCCGGAACUGGAUCGACUACAGCUGCCGGAACUGGAUCGACCACAGCUGCCGGAACUGGAACAACCACAGCUGCCGGAACUGGAACAACCACAGCUGCCGGAACUGGAACAACCACAGCUGCCGGAACUGGAUCAACCGCCACUACUACGAAAACCACUUUAGCUCCCACUAAAUCCACACCUUCUGUGGGUGGAGAGGGAGAAGGGCUUACAUCUGGCGCUAUAGCCGGAAUUGCCAUUGGCUCUAUCGCUGGGGUGGCUGCUGUUGGUGGUGGUAUCUUUGGUGGGCUGAAGUACAUGGGGAAGAUCUGAGACCAGUUAUUGGCAAACAAAAAUGUAAAUGGUUAUGGAUUGUAAACUAAAACAUUUCAUCCCGAUGCUGUUAACUGGACAAUAAAAUGUCCUUUUGUCUGAAAGGCUCAAAUCAGAAUAUGACAGUGGCUAUGAUAUGAUGAUGAUAUGGGCCCAGAGGAAGACAGAAAAGUUAAUUUGAACUUUGCUCUGUUAUUUUGAUUGUCUGGCUGAGAAUCCAGUAGUAAUCUUUAGUUGAUCAAAAAACUUUUGGUUGUGAUAGAAAAUGUAUUUUAAUAUAUUUUCAUGUUGUUGUCUUUAAUGGCAGUAAAAUAAUAAUCUGCACUUUUAAAUAGAAUGGACAGUCCUUGACUAAUGGAGUGUUUGAUUUAAAAUAAUGAAUGUACUUUGUGUCAUAAUUGUGGUCUUUUGGAUUUCAAUAUUUAGGGUAGCUAACAAUAACGAGCCAGAUUUUAUAAUAACUUUUUUUAUUUUUUAUGAUGGUAGUUGUGGAGCCUGUGCAGCUCCUGAGGUUUCAGAUAAAAAUAAAUUGUCACUAGAUUUUAAAGAUUAAGAAAAAUUGUCUGCUUUCUCAAAAAAAAGAAAAAAGAAACUUUGUAAAUUAAUACAGACAUUUUUAAAGACGUAGUUUAUUUUCUUAUCAUUAACUGGGCUUUUGAACCCAAAUUCUGUAUUCCCUGUAUUCAGAGGAAAGGCUUUGAAAUCACUCUAUACAUUUAAUAAAUAACUGUUUCCCAUCUU